AUGGCUAAAUCUGACAAGCCUAUAGAUCUCACGGUUUUGCCUUCGAUGAGUAAUGCACCCGUUGAGACGCGAGAUGCUGCCGCAUCAACGUCUACAACGCCAUUUGCUGAGCCACCAACAAUCGCUGCUCCAAAAUCAAUUGCACAGAGACAACGUGAGUACAGACAGCGCAUUGCAGCAUCCAGAACUCCUGCACAGGCGAUAGCUAUGAGGAUAUCAGAUACCGAAAGAAAACGCAACUACAGACUACGCAAAGCUGCUAACUUGGCUCGUGCCAGUGGUUCAUUAGAAUCGAUUACUGCAUCCUCUUCUCGUUCAGCAGGAAGAUCAAACGAUGUCCAAAAAAGUACUCAACGACAGCUCACAAACCAACAACCUAAAUCUUUAGCAGCAGAAUCAGCACAAAUAACUAUACAACCAGGUACUUCUUCAGAUCAAAUUGAAGUACCUGACGAGCCUAUAGAUCUCACGGAUCUGCCAAUACCUUCAAUGAGUAAUGCACCCGUUGAGACGCGAGAUGCUGCCGCACCAACGUCUACAACCCCAUUUUUUGAGCCACCAACAAUCGCUGCUCCAAAAUCAAUUGCACAGAGACAACGUGAGUACAGACAGCGCAUUGCAGCAUCCAGAACUCCUGCACAGGCGAUAGCUACGAGGAUAUCAGAGACAGAAAGAAAACGCAACUACAGGCUACGCAAAGCUGCCAACUUGGCUCGUGCCAGUGGUUCAUUAGAAUCGAUUACUGCAUCCUCUUCUCUUUCAGCAGGAAGUUCAAACGAUGACCAAAAUAGUACUCAACGACAACUCACAAACCAACAACCUCAAUCUUUAGCCACAGAACAACAGGCACAAUCUACCUGGAACACUAAAUGGAAAUCCUCGAUCAUGAGAUUUACAUCAACUUUUCUGGACAACGACUUUGGCUACACAUGCUCGGUUUGCGACAGAUUGUGGUUUAAGCACGACCUCAAAACCAUCACUGCGGCACAGCUGAAGGUGGUCUCGGAUUGGUUCAUCAAAGAAAAUCUACAACUUUGCAGAGAAGAAUAUAAACUGGUUUGCAACACUUGCAAACGUUCACUGAACAAAAAAUCAAUGCCACCCUUGGCAAAGGUUAAUGGAUUCUCGUAUCCUGACCGACCACCAGGCCAGGCCUACCACCGUUGGAUCCCAUCAGUGAACGAUUAA